UAUGUGUUCUAGGCAUCCAAAUUAAGCAUUGUCUCAUGUUCUCAUUAAUCAUAAACAAUAAGGGUUAUGUUGCUAAUAAUGCAUAUAUUAAGAUAGUUUACCAUAGUAAUUGGUCGUCCCUUUGCAAUAGUUCCUCACUUUAGUUAGGUCAGAGAUUAAUAAUAAAAUUAACGAUAUCCAUGAGGAGAAGAAGAUAAGCACUCAAUAUGAGAAAUUACACAUGGAAGUACUCAAGAAUAUUCAGCAAGCAUUCAAAUAAAUUCAAAACUUCAUCUUUCAGCAAUCCUAUCAAUAAAUGAAAUUAAAUGAGGAUGUUUAUCAAGCUCAAACCUUAAUCGAUUAAAUUGAAUAAAGACAGAUAACAAAUCGAUAGGCUUAAGACAAUGUGAUCCUAUUAUUGGAAAAAUCAAUCGAUUACAAUGGCAAGAAAUUUGAAUUAAAAAAUUAUAGUGGUAAACAAUUCAAAGAUCAAUUGAAUUAAGUAAUGCUGUGCUAUAAUCAAUUAUAAGUGAUGCAGUCUAUUUUAUAAUUGCAAAAUAAUGUAGAAUAGAUAUUUAAGAGAUACUCUCAAUAAAAGGAAUUCUCCAAUUAUAAUUAAAGUAAUAAUAAUUCCCAAAUAACUCAAUAAACUACUCCUUCCUAGAAGUUCAAGUAUGAAUACACCAAUGCUUAGUAAAAUUAACAAUAUGUUCCAUAAUAAUUGAGUCAAACAACUCAAUUAAGUAAUACAAACUAAUCAACUUAGAACAAAUAAAAUGAGUAUACAAGACAAAAUACACAAUCUAAAAAUGCCACUCAAAGUUCACGAAGCCAUUCAAUAGAAACUAAAUAAGUUUAAUAUUUGGAUCAAAGUUAAAAUUAUUAAACUGAUAGAUCCUUAACACCAUAAUCAAUGAAAACUGAUUAAUCAAAUAAACCAUAUCAAUUUUAAUCUGGAUUGCUAUUUGGGGAAUAGCUCAAACGAACUAUAAGUGAUAAACAAUAGGAAUAAAUUAGAUAGCAACAAAAUACAAGUUCUUCGUUAAUAAGUAGAUCAAAUUUGUUUCCGAAAACAGAAAAAUAAUAUUCAAUCAAAGUUCAUGAGAAAAGAAUUUCAUAAUUGCAAGUAGGAUAGCUAUGCAUUUUUACUAGUUCUUAUGAUAAAUUAAUUCGAGCCUGGGAUAAAUCAAAUGGAAAGAUGAUAGCCACUUUAGAAGGGCAUACAAGAGAGAUUGUCAAUAUCAAAUUUAAAUUUGAGACCUUAGCAUCCUGUGGUUAAGAUAAAGUCAUCAGAAUCUGGAAACACCAUCCAAGAUGGCAAUUGAUUGGUAAUUUAAAAGGACAUUAAGGAACAAUCACAUGUUUAGAUUUCUUAAAUCCAAAGUAGUUAAUAUCAGGAAGUGAAGAUUAAAGUAUCAAAAUUUGGGAUUUAGAUAAAAUGUUAGAAAUCCACUAUUUGAAAUUUGAUUUUGGUAUCUACUCAUUAGCGAUCUAUAAUGAGAAAUUCUACGUUGGGGGAGAUGGCAUCUUGAUUGUUCAUUAAUGUCCUUAAUUGCAAUAAACUAACUUCAUUUAACUACAUGAAUCACCUAUCUUAAUCAUCUUAUAAACCAAAUUAUAUAUAAUAACUAUUGAUAAAGAAGGAAUAAUUAAGUUAUUGAAUUAAUAAUCGUAUCAGGUGAUCAAAGAACUUAGAGAUGAUUAUGAAAUUAGUAGUGCUCUAUAUAUUUAGCAAUUCAACUUCCUUGUUAUCGGAUUGAGCACAAAGAAUGGAGAAGGAAAGAUCUGUUUUUGGUCUUUGGAUACUUUUCGGAAGAUUAAAGAAAUUUAUGAUAAUGGUUCUGGAGUAGGAGGGUUGGCAUGGGAAUCUCCGUAUCUGUGGUCAGGUCAUGAUAAUAAAAGAUUGGAAAGUAUCAAAUUUUUAUAGUAAUAAUGA